UCGUAAACUGUCUGUGACUGCGAAUAUGUUUAAAGUGUUCUGUGUUUUCCUUUGGAUUAUUAUACGUUUUAAUGUUUCAAAUGGUACAUGUACUUAUAGUGUAUUUUGUGAUUAUGGAGACGAUGAAGACUCUGUUGAUGAAUCUCAAACUUGCAAGAGCAUUGAAAAAAACACAUUUGAAGAAUUACUAUCAAUUAAAAAUGCUGCCUACGUAAGAGAUCUUACUGUUGUUAAUUGUUUGAAGGAUUUAAAAUCAGGAAUUUUUAAUAAUAUUGUCAACCUGAACGAGUUAAACUUAGAUAACAAUGACAUUGAUAAAGUUUCCGUGAAUUGUUUUAACAUGACAACACUGGUAACACUAAGAAUGACAAAAUGUAAAAUUAAAACAAUAGAAGGAAAACUGGGCAACCUACCUAAGCUAUUAAGGUUAGUACUGAACAAUAACCAACUAACUGAGUUUUCAUCUAAAGUUCUGAGCCAUCCUGAGUCUUUAAGAUAUUUAAAUCUUCAGAACAACAAGCUCACAAUUUUGACCUACGACAUGUUUAACGGCUUGAAAAACCUGAACGCUCUGAACCUGGCUCACAACAAAAUCAACCUGAUUGAACCAGAUGCGUUUUCCAAUUUGCCUCGACUCAACUCCAUAACACUAAGCGGGAACAACAUUCAAACUUUAACGGGCAACGAAUUACCCAAGUCUGGAUUUCAAUAUUUAAAGAAUCUUUAUGUAGGUGGCAACAGGUUGAUGUUUUUGUCUCCGGAGUUUUUGUCCAAAUUAGGAACGGACGUGGACAUUGAAAUUGGGGGUAAUCCGUGGCACUGCCGGUGUUUGGAGACCAUGCUGAAAUAUUUGAAGACCAGAAAAAUUUCUAUUUCAUCUUGCGACGAAUUAUUGUUGGCAAGAGAUGAUACACCCUACUGCAUCCAACCAUCGGACACUGAUUGUAACUACAAAUACGAUUUGAGCCUUGUACACAAAUAUUUGAACGAAUUGAAAGGGAAGCGGAAGGUAGAUUAUAAAAAUUGUUUGACAGGCAUUUUAGCUGGUGUUCGACUCGGUUAAUUCUGACAUUAAAAUUCGUCAUGAAUGUAAUUUUUUUAACAUAUAAUAAAGGACUAUUAAAAGA